AUGGGUUCGUUCCAUUCGCGUCGUUCCGGUCUUUACCGCAGGCGUCGUAAAGCGGAGAAUGAGGUCUUGGAAAGCGAAGAGGAAGAAGAUGUUAGCGAUACCGAAUUAAACACAAGUGAUGAAAAUGUCGAUGAUACCGGUGGAUCAAGUGAUAAUGAAAGCGUGCUCAGUGAGGAGGAGGGACUCAUCAAAGAUGCUAAGCACCGUUCGGUUACACGCCAAGAUCACUCAGACGUUCGUAUUCAGGGAUUUGGUGAUCCUUUGAACGAUGAAUGGAAGCAACAUUUAUAUCUACCCGAAGAAGACAUUGAAAUUACGAUUGAAGGUCAUCGAUAUAAUCGACUGCGGUUGUUAUUGUAUCGAUUAUGCUGCAUUGGUUCCUUUGGACUUUUAUGGUUAGUCGCACGUUGGGUACCGCAGUGGUGGAUUGCGUGGGUCAGUGACAAGGUGCCGCUGAAAGAUGCUGAAUGGCUGGUGUUCAUGAACCAAUACCGCGAAUGCGAAAUUAUUCGUCCGUUACGUGAAUUGUAUGGAGAUCAACUAGGUUCGGUUUUCUCCCUAGAUCAAAUUAAAGAAGAAAUGCAGACGAUGGCUGUCGAUCCUCAAGACACGCAUGAUCUCCUCAACCUGGAUGAACCUUUACAAAGAUUAAUUCUUGUGGAAUAUCGAUAUAUGCGUUUGGCAUUUCAUCCGCUUUUGCGCAAAUUCUUGAUUGUUGGGUUUUGGAAAGAUCGACAAUGGAAUUCGGUAAAGAACUUGCAAACGGGCUUAUCCACUGAAAAAUUCCAUCAACGGCUGGCUGUUUUUGGUCCGAAUCUUAUCAAUAUUCGUGAAAAACCGAUUCCAAAAUUACUGCGCGACGAGGUGUUGAAUCCUUUUUAUGUUUUUCAAAUUGGAAGCAUCAUUCUAUGGAGCAUGGACGACUACUAUUAUUAUGCUUUCUGUAUUUUUCUGAUCAGCGCCGUCAGCAUCGUCACCACAUUGGUCGAGACGAAAAAGAUGAUGAAACGAAUGAGAGAUAUGUCCCGAUUUGAAUGCAGUGUCCGUGCAUUACGGAAUGGAUCAUGGCGAACCAUUAGUUCGGCGGAGCUUGUUCCCGGUGAUCUUAUCGACAUUACUGAUCUCCAUACGGUUCCGUGCGAUGCCAUUCUUACUUCCGGGGAUUGUAUUCUCAAUGAAUCCAUGCUUACGGGCGAAUCAGUGCCGGUCUCCAAGGCACCUAUGGCUGACAUCACACUUCGAAAAAUUAACUUGUCACAGGCAACCGUACCUGCCGAGCUCACGAAACAUUUCAUGUUCAUGGGUACCAAAGUGGUUCGGGUGAGAAGUGGCCAAGGCAUCACUACGGCAACCGCCUUAGUGGUUCGCACAGGAUUCAAUACCGCCAAAGGCGCCCUUAUUCGCAGCAUGCUUUUCCCCAAGCCGAACAACUUCAAAUUUUAUCGCGACUCGUUUCGUUUCAUUGGGGUAUUGGCUAUUAUUGCGGCCUUUGGGUUCCUGGUGUCGUCCAUCAACUUUAUUCGUCUUGGCAUUGAUACCAGCACGAUGGUGCUUCGUGCAUUGGAUUUGAUUACCAUCGUGGUACCGCCGGCGCUUCCUGCUACGAUGUCUAUCGGUACCAGCUUUGCAAUGAACCGACUGAAAAAAGUCGGCAUCUUUUGUAUUUCGCCCCCGCGGGUCAAUAUUGGCGGAAAAAUUGAUUGCAUGUGCUUCGAUAAGACGGGAACAUUGACCGAAGAUGGUCUAGAUAUUCACGGGGUUCGCUCCGUCACCACCCACGCGGAUGGACGAAAAUAUUUUGACCAAGAAAUCAAUACAGUGAGCGAUAUCGAUCCAAACGAUGAAGAUCCCGCUUGCACGAAGCCCAAGAUUUUGUGCACCAUGACAACUUGUCAUACAUUGAAAAUUGUCGAAGGCGAAUUGCUAGGUGAUCCACUGGAUUUGAAGAUGUUUGAUUUCACCCGUUGGGAACUGGAAGAAAGUAGCGGUUUGCUGUCGACAGGACUUAAACCACGAAGUGAAUUGGCGGCUUUACAUGCGAAAAAGAGUGCCAAAGUGGGCAUUAUGCCAACCGUUGUACGACCUCCCGGAGGACCUCCAACCUUGUCUCUGAACAACACUAGUGACGCUGGGACUAAGCCUAUAGAAUUCGGUAUUAUCCAUUCCUUCGAAUUCAUUUCGGCGUUACGACGAAUGAGUGUGAUUGUCCGACGGUUGACCCAUCCUACGAUGGAAGUGUUUGUCAAGGGAGCACCCGAAGUGAUGAAAGAUAUAUGUAUACCCGAUACCAUGCCGCAAGACUAUGAAGAGAGACUCUAUUGGUAUACUCAUCGUGGUUUUCGCGUAAUUGCUUGCGCAUCCAGACAGUUGACGGGCGUAAAAUGGCAUAAACUGCACAAAUUGAAGAGACAUGAGGUGGAAUCGAAUCUGACAUUUUUGGGUUUUAUCGUAUUCGAGAACAAAUUAAAAGCACGCACCAUACCCGCUAUUACUACAUUGCGUGAUGCCAACAUCCGACAGAUUAUGUGUACAGGCGACAAUGUAUUGACAGCCGUCAGUGUAUCUCGUGAAUGCGGUCUGAUUGAGAAAGCCGCCGAGGUCUAUAUACCUAGAUUCUUGAGAGGAUCUUCUAUGGAGUUGGAUUCGGAGAUUGUCUGGGAAAGUGUAUUGCAAGAGGGUCGUCAACUUGAUGGUGAUACACUCCAGCCGCCAUCCUCAUUAUCGACAGGAGAUCAGUCGAUGUAUUCGAUGGGUUCACAUUAUUAUCUUGCUGUGACCGGCGAAGCGUUUCGUUGGAUGGUGGAUCAUGCGGCGACGGAUGUGCUUCACCGUAUGCUUGUGAAAGGUGCUAUUUAUGCUCGUAUGUCUCCUGAUGAAAAGCAGGAGCUAGUGAUGGAGCUGCAAAACAUUGGCUACUGUGUUGGAUUUUGUGGCGAUGGAGCCAAUGAUUGCGGAGCCUUGAAAGCUGGCGAUAUUGGUAUCUCGUUAUCGGAAGCGGAAGCCUCCGUUGCAGCUCCGUUUACCAGCAAUACGAUGGAUAUUGAAUGUGUCAUCGAUGUCAUCAAGGAAGGACGAGCGGCAUUAGUAACGAGUUUUAGUUGCUUCAAAUACAUGGCGCUUUACAGUAUUAUCCAGUUCACCACGGUGACAUUACUGUAUGCGUUUGGCAGUAAUCUGGGAGAUUUCCAAUUCCUGUACAUCGAUCUUUUCCUAAUUCUACCGAUUGCUGUAUAUCUGGGAUACACAGCUGCUUGGCCAUUCCUGUACCCUGUGAGACCCACGGCGAGUCUGGUAUCGAAAAAGGUGCUUACUUCGCUCAUUGGCCAAAUCGUGAUCAAUUCUGGUUUUCAGUUUAUCGCUUACUGGGCAAUUCAUCAACAAGAUUGGUAUGUUCCACCGACAUUUGAUCCCGAUGGGCAAAACAUCGAAUGUUUGGAGAACACGGUAUUAUUUCUGCUGUCGAGUUUCCAGUAUAUUCUGGUGGCGGUUGUCUUUAGUGUUGGACCGCCUUACCGAAAACCACUGUGGACGAACGGCCGACUUGUAUUCACGCUGGCAGUGCUGGUUACACUGACGACAUGGUGUACUUUAUAUCCGUCGACUUUUUUGAUGGACUGGAUGCAACUGGAACCACUUCCGCCGAGUUUCCGAUGGACGAUUGUGUUGCUUGCGGCGGCCAACCUGAUCAUCAGUUACAUCUGUGAAAAAUGGAUAUUUUUAAGGCUUGCAGGAUGGGUAUCGUAUGGACUCAAACGUUUACGAGGUCAACCCUCGGGUGGUUAUGCACCUGUGGGGAAGAAGGUCCAUGGCAAAAUAUAUAAGCGAGUCAUGGAAGAGAUGGGAAUAAUAGGAAAUGGAUAA